CAUGGAAGGGGCUGCCGAUAAAGGGUGUCGUCCUGUACCUUGGCACUUUCCUCACUGACCUCUUGAUGUUGGAAACUGCAGUGGAGAACUACCUGGAGGGAAAACAGAUCAACUACUCCAAAAAGAAUAAGGAAUACCGAGUCCUCACGGACAUCAUGCUGCUCCAGGCGGCGGAAGAGAAUUACUGCCUAGAGCCCCAGCUUCCAUUCACGGCCUGGUUCUGGGCUGUGGAGCGGCUCAGCGAGGAUGACAGGUGCAUCCUGUCCUGCCAGCAGAACACAAGCACCAGGACAACUGGCCACAGCCAACAUCAGGAAUGA